AUGAACUGGUUUGCACCGGUAUCUUAUUUGCCUUCUGAAGAAAGAGGAAGCCCAGGAUGCGAAAUUAUAGUCUGUGUGACUAUGUCACGAAAUGUCGUCGGCUUGGUUGUGUACGAUGGGGAAUAUAGUGUCUUGCGCUAUACCCCUGAAUUCGAAUGCGAUAAUGAAGCAAAAAAUUUGACCGGUGUUUUACACGCUAUCGAACUUUCUGUGUUACUGUGUUCAGAGCAUGUCGCUCGGAUUAUACCAUUGUAUAUUCAAAGCAUUCAAAAAUCAGGGAUCUUAGUUAAAACACUUCCUAACAGAGCGUUUGGUACAAUUUAUGUUCUUUCAUCACUUUUUACAGUUGGUGAUAUGUCUACUAUUAUAGCAACGAUCGAUCUACCUAAGCUACGAGCCAUGGAAGAAGAACAAAAAGAACACUAUAUCAAGUCUCUGUUUCCCCCAAAUGAGCUCCUUGUGUGGAUUGUUGACAUACAUCAAUAA